CCAUGGCCUCCCCUCUGCGUCCCGUGCCGCCGCAGCCCGCCCCGCGCCGCCCUCCGCCCGCAGCUCCAGUGGGCCAGGACACGAGCGACGUCCUGCAGCAGAUCAUGGCCAUUACGGACCAGAGCCUGGAUGAGGCUCAGGCCAGGAAGCAUGCUCUGAACUGCCAUCGGAUGAAGUCCGCCCUCUUCAGUGUGCUCUGCGAGAUCAAGGGGAAGGCCGCCGUCAGCAUCCAGUAUCAGGAAGAGGACCCUCCCGACGCUCAGCUGCUGAGGCUGGACACCAUGCUGCUGGCUGAGGGUGUGUCCAAGCCAGAGAAGAGAGGACGAGGAGCAGCAGCAGGCAGCACAGCAACACCAGGUGGCUGUCCAAAUGACAAUAGCAUUGAGCACUCAGACUACAGGGCCACGCUGUCCCAGAUCCGACAGAUUUACCACUCUGAGCUAGAGAAGUAUGAACAGGCCUGUCGAGAGUUCACCACACAUGUCACCAACCUUCUCCGGGAGCAGAGUAGGGUGAGGCCUGUGUCCUCCAGGGAGAUGGAGCACAUGGUGGGCGUCAUCCACAGCAAGUUCAGUGCCAUCCAGAGGCAGCUGAAGCAGAGCACCUGUGAGGCUGUGAUGACCCUGCGUUCACGGUUCCUGGAUGCCAGGCGGAAGAGGCGGAAUUUUAGCAAGCAGGCUACCGAAGUGCUGAAUGAAUAUUUCUAUUCCCAUCUGAGCAACCCUUACCCUAGUGAAGAGACCAAAGAAGAGCUUGCCAGGAAGGGUGGCAUCACCGUGUCCCAGGUCUCUAACUGGUUCGGCAACAAAAGAAUCCGGUACAAAAAGAACAUGGGCAAGUUUCAGGAAGAAGCCACCAUGUACACGGGGAAAACAUCCACAGCCACCAAGGCCUGGGGCACAGGGGUUCAGGCCAGCUGCCAGUCCACACCCAGCCCAGCUUCCUGUGGCCCCUUCCCACUGACAAGUGGGGGUGACAUGGUUCUCGCCCUGCGGACCCUGGCCUUCCUCCAGCCCCCACCGGGGGAAGUGUGCCUACAGCCCCUGGCCCAUGGUAGCUGGCAGAAGGCCACCAUUCCACAGCGAGCCUCAUCACCUGCUGGAGACUCUGGCAGUGUCAACUCAGAUGUGUCUAACUAAGUUUGGGAGCUUGGCAGAAUGCCACGGAUGACUGGCCCUGUGUCCUGCUGGUUACCUCAGGAGCCUGGCUGUGGCCCUGCCUUUUUUCCUGGCCACUCAGCUCCCCGCCUUGGUGUUACUGAAUGACUGACAGUGGAUUGCUCGUCUAGGGCUUGUUUCUAGCGCCCCAUUAAAGUUUUUGACCUGUUUGCAUUCCGGUGUUUCCAGUCCAGGCUUUCUAGGUAACAGGUAACCCUGGACACCAUCACCAACUCCAAGGCCUCCUGCUGACUCAGAAUGGGCUUGCGUUUGUUUGAGGCUCUGUUUUAACUGUUCUGAUGUUUAGUUUGGGAGUUUUGAGAUUU